AUAAACUGCUUAUAAUGUGUAAAUUUACUCACACAGAUGGAAGAUGGCAGGGAUUGUAACUUUUUACUGGACGUCGCAGAUGUUUAGUUUUACACAUUUUUGUAAAGAAAGGGUGAAAAUUAAUCCCAUUUGAAGAGAAAAUGCUAUGCUAAAGCACCUUUAUCCUAAAAAAUAUCACAAUAAGAUACUAUUCUACUGAAUUGUGCUGUACAUACAAUGAAAAGGUAAAUCUACAGGUGUUUUCUUGUCCCCAUACAUAAGAAGAAUUGUGUUACAAUUGUAUAUGUAUACAAUGAUGUAAAUAUUGAAAAGGAAUUUAAAAUCUUGUCCAUGAUGUAGUAUCCUGUUAAUGGAGGAAAAAACAUAUGAAAGAAAGGUGAGUUGUACAAUUACACACCUAUAUUACCAGUUUAUCUGUAUUCAGAAGACAGUCAUUUAGGAAAAUGCUGGUAAAGAAUUUUUGUGUAAAUAAUUUAUUUUUCAAAGAGUUGUGGCCAAAGAUAGUAAUGCUUGACACUUAGGCACUCUACUCACUAUUUCAAAUGCAGGUAUCAUUGAUCAGAGGAAGCUAGACCAAUUACAGCAGUUCUAUUUGUUUAUUGUUGACAUCCAUAAACAAAAAGGAAAUGUCUGCACGAAAUGAUAUGCCUAAACAUGUAUUUUUAAUUAAUAAUGAUAUUUUUGUGAGAUGAUUUAUUCCCUCUUGAACUGCUUUAUAUAACUAAUUUUCUCUGUGAAACGGUAAUUAGACUGCCAUAAUUACAGCUGUGACAUGGGGCUUGGAAUAUCCAAAAAAGAGGACAAGGAAAUAUUCCUGUACCUUGAUAAGUGUCCUAAAUAUAAAUGUCCUGCUCUCACACUGCUAUUGGAUGAUGAUUCAAAUGGAUUGCAUAAUACUCUUAAAAUCCUGCUACAAGUCAGGCACUCUAGUUUCCACUGAUCUGAUGCAGACUGAAGGUGUUUAAUAUCUUGUAGUGAUGUGCUUAUCAGGAUAUUAAUAAUAAAGUAGACACAGGCAGAUGAUGCAGCUUUCCAUCUCGUAGGUGAAGAAAAUAAUACCUAGAUUGUCAAUAAGCAGUUGGUAAUGUUGCCAUCGUUGCAAUGUGAGAUACGAUAGUUUUUCCCAGUGCUGUUUUUUUCAUAAUACAUUAAGGAAGGAAUGCAGCUUUUACAAUGUUUGAUACUUUUUUAUCUCAUGCAUUUUAGUGUUAAUAUGGCAGAAUAACCAUGGGAGACUGGAAUUUCCUUGGAGGCAUUUUAGAGGAGGUCCACAUUCAUUCCACUAUUAUUGGAAAGAUUUGGCUAACGAUCCUCUUCAUAUUUCGAAUGCUGGUCCUUGGAGUGGCAACUGAGGAUGUUUGGAAUGAUGAACAAUCAGAAUUUAUAUGCAAUACUGAGCAGCCUGGUUGCAGAAAUGUCUGCUAUGAUGAGGCCUUUCCCAUCUCUCUCAUAAGAUACUGGGUCUUGCAAGUUAUAUUUGUGUCUUCUCCUUCCUUGGUGUAUAUGGGUCAUGCCUUAUACAGACUAAGAGCCUUGGAAAAAGAGAGGCAAAAAAAGAAAGCUCAGGUAAGGGUGGAACUUGAAAGCACUGAAUUAGAAAUGACUGAAAAUCGUAAAAGACUGGAGAGAGAACUCCGGCAAUUGGAUCAAAAAAAGCUAAACAAAGCACCCCUAAGAGGCUCUUUGCUCUGCACUUAUGUGAUACAUAUUUUCACAAGAUCUGCAGUGGAAGUUGGCUUUAUGAUUGGGCAGUAUCUUCUUUAUGGCUUUCACUUAGAUCCUCUUUAUAAAUGUCAGAGAGACCCAUGUCCAAACACAGUUGACUGCUUUGUAUCUAGACCAACAGAAAAGACGGUGUUUAUAUUAUUCAUGCAAUCAAUAGCGACUGUAUCAUUGCUUUUAAAUAUUCUAGAAAUUACCCACCUAGGAUUCCGAAAAAUUAAAAUGGGUCUCUGUGAGCAGAAUAAAAACAAGGAUGACUCUGACAAUUUCUAUAUAAACAAAUCUAAGAAAUACUCUUUGAUACCGCACUCUUCUUUUGGAAUAUCCACCACGCCUCAGAAAACGCUUCCUUGUGCACUUAGUAGUUACACCUUUUUGAUGGAGAAGCAAACUGACACUAUGCUUUACCCAGUUUUAAACUCUCCUUCUAUGUUUCGGUCUGCGCAAAAUAACCGUACAAAAAGCAGCAGCAAUUACACCCAUUGCAAUCAGGAAAAUAAAUCUCCAAAGAGGCCAGCUACAAAUGCUUUAGACAGUCAGACUCAAAAUACUAGCACAAGUAAUAACGAAGGCUUUCUUGGUGAGCUUUGGACUGAAACGCAUGAUGCACAAAAAGAGGCUGAAAAGAAACAUUUUCUUUUUGUUACUCAGAAUGCAAAUACAGCUUCAAACAUGUACUUGAGAAGCUUUGCUGAGAUGCCAUCUCAAACUUCAUUGCAACCUGAUACAACUUUCUCUAGUACCAGUUUUAGACGACAGGCAAUGGUUGGGAGCACAGGAGCACCAACAAAUUCUCUUCCAAAGAACAGUGACAGAAGACAAAGCAGUUUCAGUGUAAACAAAGCCAAAAUUCCUUACAAUGCUGAUGUAAAAAAUUCCAGCCUACCAGACACUUCUGAUUCUAUGGGGGAGGUGAGCUCAGAAUCUACACAAAGCAGAGUCUGGAACAGUCCUAAGCUUUUCGCACUGUCUAGGCAACUGUCACUGUCAAGUAAUGCCAGCAAUAAGCGUGCCCCCACUGAUCUUCAAAUAUAGUGUGAGUUAACCCAUUAGCUGCACUAACCAAUGCUGGGAUAAUUCCCGAACAGAGACAUAACCCAGACCUGUGUGUAAGUGUAGCUAAAUUAUUCAACUUUAACCAGCUGUUUACACAGAUAGGAAAGUUGUGUAACCCUCUGAAUAGUAGCUAAUUUUAAACAGUCUCUUUAUCUUUACUUCUUUUGUAAUGAAAACGUGGCAUACACUUCAGUGUAUAAACUUCUACCCUCCAGCUAAAAAGGAAAACACAUAUCCUCUCAAUCCACAUAUUAGGAAAAGUCAGGUAUAAAAUCACAGCUGAUACUAUUUAAACUGAAUGAAAGUAGAAGAUAAAAUUUACAGUCUAACAAUAUUUCUUACAAAGACCAGUAAAUCAAAUUAGGCUAAAGACGGCAUUGGUGCUCUCAAAAAAACUUACUGGUAAACAUGUUUCCUGUUAUCAGUCUGAGAAUUCAAACAGACAUUUGAUAGCUGUCUGAAAGCAGCAUGUCAAACAUAUUCCACUGUUCAAACUGUGUUAAAUACAAAAAGAAAAAACACUUGAAAAUCAGAUCGCUAAUUCUUUGACUCCAUGGUACACCUUUUUUUUCCAAUGUAUCGCCACUGAUGUCCUCAGCAGAAAAAUCAAAGUGAAUUUCUCAUAGUCUAUUAUCAGAAUUCAAUACACCACUACAUUUUUAAAACAUUGUGAAUUACAGACGUUGUGAGCUUUAAUUAUGACAUUUUUCGUAACACUAAUGAAAUAGCAAAAUCAGAAAACAAGUUACUGAAAUUUAAUAAUCAGAUAUUUUGAAUUUCACAAACCAGAAGGCUUACUAUGGAAAAUAGAAAAAAAACAAAACCAAAAAGAGAGAACAAAAAAAAGCAAAUAUGGUAGUACCUUCCUGCUUUCAGUUACAAAUGUCAAAAGACACAUAGGAGGUUUAUCAAACAGGAAAACGACUCCUUUCCUGUUUGUCUCUCCCCCAAAUUCUGAUAAACUUUUAAAUCAAACAAAGCUUAUACCUGCUUAGGAGGAGCAUUUGUGUUUAUGCUUUUUAUGGGAAUAAUAAAAUAUUAGGACAUUCAUCCACUUGCUGUUCAGGUCCAUAUAGUGUAAAGGAAGUUCCAUGAAACAUCUUGAAACAAUAAAGGAGGCAAAGAUGAACAAAAUACUAUGGUGCAUUGUAAUCAAGCUUUCUAUGUAUGAAAUACAUUUAUUUGAGUUCCACAGCACUGAAACACUGUAAAUACUUGGUGAGGUGGUCACAGCUGGAAUGCAUUAGUAUUUUUGUGUGUAUUUUUUACUAGCGCAUUUGACAUACUAUACAUGUACUGAAAAAAUAAUUUGUGAGAGGUAGCAUCAUGAUGCUACAGCACAAUUAAAUUCUUAAAGUGCAUUGUCACUAUGCUUACCAGACAGCCAUGUUUCAGAUUGACUGAAAACUGUAUAAUACUAGCAUAAAAGGAGCCAUAAAACAUAAAAAGCUUUUUGCUUGUAGCAGCAACAUUAAUUUGGUCCUGUCCAUGUAAGAAAUACACACUAUUAAAACUAUUCACUGUAGAUUUCUCUCCAGCAAGUAUCCUUUUCAUCUCUAGUAUUGUUCUAUGUAUAUACAUAAAUACAGCCCUAUGUAAUUGUGUUUACACUAUAAAAUUUAAGAUUGCAUAAUGUACUGGAAUGUACAUAAAUAUAUAGUGUGAUUUAGGCAAGUUAGUGCUGCUGCUGUGGCUUUGAUUCUUGCAUUUCUUGAUCUGUAAGAUUCUGUGGGCAAUAAUUGUUAAUGCUUGUUUUGCAUUUGAUCUCUCCAUAAUAAAAAGCCUAGUAUUUAACGCAGUCUGUUCCUGCUGUCUAAAUCAC